AUGUACAACCAACUCAACAAGAUACACAACUUUGGCAUGCCUGCCUUUCCCAAACUGUUGAAGCAUCCUCCGCCCAAAUACCCACUGAUUUGGGGCGUGACUGUCAAUAUUCAGCAAGCAGACAAAGAGGACUUGGCAGAAGAUGCUGUCAGGGUGCACAAGGUGGAGGACGAGGAGGACACUCUUGAGAUUACCGGCUUCAAGUCCUCUCCAAGCAAGCCCUGUGGCGCUUUUACCGUCCAGGAAGAACUCAAGUUGCCCCAAGGUGCUUGCAUCAACCUGGAGACCAUCAAUCCUUUUGCCAAGCACCGUUCAAGCUCUUUGCUCAAGUCUGUCAACACAUCCAAGCAGUCUUCAACAAUUGCCGCCAAAGCAUGCAAGUCUGUUGCAGAUGUGCCCAAGUUGUUCAACAAGCCCGCCUCAACUUUGACUGCGGCCGCCCAAUCCAUCAUCUUGGCUCCAGUUGCCCCUGAGCUGCUUGCCAAGUCUUGUGCCAAGUCCAACAAGCCUGCUGCUUCAGUGCCCAAGCCGUUGGAGCUGGUGGAUGCCAAAGAUGUGCUCAACAAAGACGACAACAGCCUGCACUACUUUGACCUCAAGAAAGCCUCCAACCUGGAUGAGGCUGAUGCUGACAAGGUUGCCGCACCUCUGCACAACUCCAAAAAGGUUCCCAAGCAGAACACGUUCGUGCCUGCCCUGGCUGUCACCAACACCAGUGUUGCGUCUGCCCAGGCGCCCAAACCAGUGGACAACCCCAAGCCCCCAAGUCCUUCCAAGGUCCUUGGUGACAACAACGCUGACACCGCUGUCAACGCAGUCAACACAGUCAAAGGCAAGACGGUUGCAACCUCCCUUGCUGAAACCCCACUGCUUCCUGCUGCCAACCAACUGGCCGCCAAUGCUGCUGGUGAUGCUGCCGCUCAAGCACCCAAUGCUGCCACUGCCGUCACCAGCGCCACUCUUGGCCGCUUCUAUCUCCGCUUGGUGGAUCACCCGCAGUUGCUUGUCUGCACGCGUGUUGGCUGCACCCUUGGAGUGCCGCUGACGCCCUUGUUCAGAGACGUCACUGCUCAUGUGCAGCGUUUCCAUCACCAGCCCCUUGGUGACGCUUCACGCCGUGCUAUCCAGGCCAUGCUUGAUCAGCUUGAUCUUCCUCUUCCGAAGGACGUCCCUGUGGAUCACGACCGGCUGCCGGUGCCCAAGAUCAAGGAGCUGCCUGUGGUGACGGACGGCUACCAGUGCAGUCACUGUUCCUAUGCCAUCUUUGCCAGGAACGCCAUGUCUGCCCACGUCAAGGACAAACAUGCAGACCUGAAGGUCAAAGCCAAGCCUACGCACCCUGUCCUGCUGCAGGUCAUCCAGGAACACGGCAAGAACAAGCGCUACAUCUAUGUGCAGGACAAGGAGCUGGACCCCACACCUCCGCAGGCCAUCCUCAACGCCAACCUGGACGCGCAUCAGCUAGACAAUGCCAUCACGGCCAGGGCUGCUGCAUUCAUUCAGCAGGACCAAGCCGCUCUCCGUGACGCAGGUCUGCUCAACCCGGUUCUGGACACAUCCAUGCUCAGCGGCAACAUUGGACCCUGGGCCAAGCAGCUCAAGUGGCGCUUGUACUGGGCAGGCAAGCCGCUGGCUGCCAUUGGUGCUCUGGGCACCGACACAUCAAGCUGGCCCGGCGCACACCACGACUUUGUUCACUGGCUGGCCAGAAUGGCCAAAGCGUCUGCUCAGCGUUGGAUGCAGACCUUUAUGGAGUCUGGCCGUUACAUGCAGCAGACGUUCCAUGCCUACAGUGACGAGCCGUCAGAGCCGUACAACCUUCAGCCAAAGACCAUCAAGAAGCGUGCUGACAUGUGGGGCAACGUCCUUGCUCUGCUUGCGCACCUUGCCUUGGACGGUGAGACCCUCCAGUAUCACGGCAGCCGCAGCUGGGAUCAGCACCUGGUAGUCACAGACGAUGCCACCGAGGCCAUCCACUGCCUGCGUGACCUGUCUACGCUCUUUGAUCACGGGGAGGAUGAUCUAGGCACCAACCCUGAUGCACGUGCAGCUGCAGAGCAUCGGUCAAGCGUUCACCAGGUCAAUGUUGCAGUGGAAGAAGCGCUGCUCAGCCUCUCUCACCAGCUUGUCACUCAGCGCCCAGCAAGACACGGUCAGACAGAUGAGCUGAUGCUGGUGCGUCUCUUUGUGCACAUGUGCGUGGACAGAGAAGGCAUGCCCAGAGCCGUCAGUGCCGCCACGUCCAUCAUUGCCAGCCUGGAGUUCUGCGUGCGCACCGUGCUGCACCACCACCUCUUCAAUGACACUGACGGUCAGCUUCUGGAGAUGUCCACGUCUCAGACAGAGAAGGCCAUGCGCAAGCACCUCAAGGAGAAUGUCUACCACAACAGCAACUCUGCCAGCGCCCACCUCCAGUCUCUCCACCGCUACGGCAAGGUGCUUGCUCAGGAUGAAGUCACGCCUUUCAUCUGCUCUUGGGCGCAUGACCUCAGCCACGUCAAGUACGGUACAGAGGAGAUCCAGAUCACACGUCUUCAAGCUCUGAUGCUUAGG